ACCCCGCAAAAUCACAGCCCCAAACCGCGUCUUCACGCCAUGAAUGCAAAAUAAAAACGGUUGCAGUUUUGAAAGUUUGGUCGCGUCCCUCGGCUGCUGGUUGGAUGCCGGCGGUGCGGUCGCGUUGACCGCCGGCUGCGGUCCGUACCGCGGAAAGCCCGACUCCUCCCCUUAAACGUAAUCGCAGUAACAAGUGCGCUGAUGCCCGAUAGACCUCACAGCCAACUUAAAGUACCACACCAACACUGGACUUUGUUUCGGCUCGUUACCUGCCAUUAAAAAUGAUUUGGAGUUGCUAGCCGGCGUAUCCAACACACAGUUAUAAACGGGCGGUGAUCGUUGGAAAGAAGCUGAAAGUAGCCGACUACCGAGUCAGCUAAUCAUUUUGAUCAUCUUUUCCAACUUGGUCAUCCACUUGUUUCAAGAUGUAGCUAGCUUAGCCAGGCUAGCUGGCUAGUUCCGACAUGUUUUUUUCGCGUAAAAUGGUGAAGUGGUGGACUCAACAGACCUUUGGACUUUUCUGAAGUAGCGUUAGCAAAGCCAGCAGACAGCCCGAAGGCGACCGGCUUGGUUUGUGGGCGAAAUCUUGACCCCAAGCUGUUCAGCGGCGAUGAAAAAGGCUCUGCAAUGUGAUGAAGCCCCGCCCCUCAGCGAGACCCCGCCCUCCUGUCCGUCUGGGGUUUUGGGAGAGGAGGAGCCGGGGGGCGGAGCCGGGGACUGGGCAGGCAGCAGCGGGAACGGGGUUGGCUCGUUUUGGGAGGAGAGCGGGGAGAGCGCUGCUCUGAGGCUGCAGGGCCCCGCCCCCGGCCCGCAGGAGGGCAGGCUGUACCAUGCCCGCCUCCUGCAGCUGCUCUCCACCCCGCGCAAACGCAGCGGCUCCGCCUGCGAGCGGCCCCACCCCCCCGCCGGCACCCCCGCCGCCUGGGCCUCCCUCUCCGGCCUGCGCGUCAUGGGCUCCUUCAAGAAGCUGCGCUCCUCCGUGCUGCAGGGCAUCCAGAACCGCGGGCUCGCCACAGCCAAUCAGGAUGCAGGGCCAGGCGGCCCAGCCAAUCAGGACACAGGGCGGGACAGUGCAGCCAAUCAGGACACAGGGCGAGACUGUGCAGCCUAUCAGCACUGGAGUGAGCAGGAGCAGCGGGUGUCCAACGGGCUGGCAGUGGAGGUGCAGGGGGUGGGGUCGAGCCCGGAGGGGUCUGACGAGGAGGGCGGGGCUGAGGGGGGCGGCCUGCAGAGGAACAGCCGCUGCUCGCGAAGCAUCCGCAUGGCGUACGGAGUGGGCCGCAUCCCGCUGCAGCACGCCGGAGCCGUGACCGCUAACGGCGGCCCGUCCCGCGGGGCCCCCGGCCAGCACGCCCCGCCCCCGGCCCACGACCCCGCCCCCGGCCCCGCCCAGGGUCCCGCCCGCAGCCCCGCCCACACCACGGUGAGUGCCAAGGUGCUGAGCAAGUUGAGCAGGAGCACUGAUAACCUGCACCUGUUCCGCAGCCCCUUCAAGCGCAAACCCCCGUCCCAGCCGGGCCCCGAGGCCGCCGCGGGGCCCCUCAACAUCAAGAGGGCCGCCAGCGCCUCCUCCGUGGCCCCCAGGGGCCAGAGUCCCCUCAGAGCCAGCGGGCGCGUGCGGAAGCUGGUGAGCAGCCUGACCGACCUGUCCGUCCGUCACAGAGCCGGCCCCGCCCCCUGCGCUGCUCCCUGCCCCGCCCAGUCUGCCCUCAGCAGGCUGCACGACGACUACUCCCGCCGGGCGCCCUGUUUCCCUGACAACGAGCGCCAGCGCCGCGCCUCUCCCGCCCGCGGCAGGGCCCGGACCCCUGCUGACCCCCGCCCCGCACCCCGGGAGGCCGGCCCCGCCCCCGCUGACCCUGCCGUGGGCCCCUCCCCCGUCUGCCCUCAGGACUGUGCAGGCAGCGGCGUCCCGCAGGGAAACACCGAGGGCCACAGUCACAGUUCCCUCCUCCAGCCACAGGGGGCGCUGUGCCAACAGACUGAGAGCUGGGAGAGGAGGGACAGGGAGCAGUUUCUGUGA